CUGAACCGGCUUACAGUCGUCAGAGGCAUAGUCGCCUCGCCACUAAUUUUGGCAGCUGCAAGUAAUCUCCAGCGGCUCUGUUUUGUCUCUGCACCACGCCAUCAUUGCUACACCUCUCUGUAAGGAAGAACAUCGCCACGCCGCGAUUCUCACUAUACAGCGCGUCACAGGUCAAGCCCUCGCUCAAAUUUCGUCAUGGCCACUGUCUCCUGUCCUCUGACGUUUGUCACUUAUUCUGUCUCUCCACGAGGCCACCAUGCUGGGCAGAAGGUGGCGCCGCACUCGUGCCCGGAAACUGUUCGGCAAAAUGGCUGUGAGGCCAACACGGAUCCUCGGCAGCGCCGGCGAUGCGAGCGGGCCAGUCUCCCGCGCCAACACGGGUGCCCAGCCCGUGUGUUGUUCGACGAAAUGGCCGUGAGGCCAAGACUGAUUCCCGGGACAGCCGACGAUGUGAGCAAGCCUAGGUAGCCUCCCCGCGCCAAUCAGGUCAGCGCUGCUGUUCCUCAUCUUGGAAGAACGCUGCAAGAAAUUUCAAUGCUUGCGUUGGUUUCCGUGCCAAUCAGGAACCUGUUUUAUAGUGACAGUUAAAAGAACGACUGUGGCAUGGGAGGAAACUUUCUAGUCAAGAUCCUGAGCUUUCAGCUAGCUGGAUGCAAUUCGUCAAGAUCCUGUCCAAACUGCGGACUGCCUUUUGAAGGUAAUACAUUCAAUUAUUGCUAUCUUUAUUUCCAGCUUACUUAGUUGCGUGCCCUUUCUUACGACUAGUUAUUAGCAAAGGCAAUGAAAUUUGUGUUGCCUGACUUAGUUGGUAAUUAAGGGCAUUUGGUUGACUGAUGCAACCUCUCAGGAUGGACUUUUGUGCCCUUGUAUUUUCAUUUCUUACACCUAUUUUAUUCAAUCCAAAAUUACCAUAACAAGGCUUCCUGAAGAGAGGAUAACAUGUCUUGCACAAGUAUGACACUCACUAUGCUCAUCAAUCACAAAAUUUUCUGGACAAGGAGUUCCCAGGUUCGUCCAUACUACAGACUUGCUGAGCAGUGAGAAGACUCGAAUUCACCAUCAUCUUUCCGUGAUGCAUGAAAGGUGCCUUUCCAGGACUAGUCUAUAUCCACGUGGAAUCGUAUCCACAAGUUAUGCGUGGAUUAAUUCACACCACAAAUGGUAAUGAAAAGUCUCUCGAUGUGUCCUAAAAAAAUGUCUUUCUAGGUGCAACACCCCCAGCCAUUGACGUGCAGGGCAAUUUAUACCCAGGAGUCUGCAAUUUCCACCUGCUUCCUGCCCUCUCUUGGACCCCCCCUCCUUGUUAGUUAGCACCUUUCCAUUGGAGGAUUUGAAGAUGGAGCUUGCCAUAUCGGCAGUAACAGGUGAACUCAUGAGCCGAUUCGUCUCCUUCCUUGCCAACAAGUACCACUCGAGCCACGAACACUCGGAAGAGAAGGAGCUGAAGAGGCUGCAGCAGCUGCUCCUGAGAGCUCGCACGGUCAUCGAGGAGGCAGACGGGCGGUACAUCACCAACUCUGCGAUGCUGGUGCAGCUCAGUAUGCUUGCGGACGCCAUGUACCGAGGCUACUGGGCACUAGGUGCAUCCAGGUACAUCUCACUUGAAGAGUCCAUGGAGGAGGGGGAGGUUCGCAAUCCAUCUGCUCCCAAACGUUUUCGCAUGGUUCUUGGCAGUGCUAGAAAGAACAAGGCCACAUACCCCGUCGACUUGCAGGGCGCGUUGGAGAGCUUGGAGGAUGUAGUCGCUGGCAUGACGGAGUUUGUUGUUCUUUUGGGUGGAUGCGACCGUAUGCUGCGUCGACCAUACGAUGUGUAUCUAUACAAUGACAACAUCAUGUUUGGACGACACGCUGAGAAGCAAAAGCUCCUGAACUUCAUGUUGCAGCACGACUCUUCCGGUGGUGUUCCGGCUGUUCUCCCGAUUAUCGGUGGUCCACUGGUCGGGAAGAGGACUCUGCUCGCCCAUGUAUGCAAGGACGAGAGGGUCCGCUCACACUUCUCUUCGAUUCUGCAGCUGAAUGGAGAUUCCUUUUGUAGAAUUGCAGACCAUGGUGGUCUUAUGUCAGGGAAGAUACUGGUGGUUGUCGAGCUUGUCUCAGAUGUCGAGGAGGAGGAUUGGGCCAAGUUCUGCUCAUUCGUGGUGAGCAUGGACAGUGGAAGCAAGGUGAUCAUCAUCAGCUGGCUUAAAAGUACAGAGCAACUUGGAACAGUGGAGCCAAUCUUCCUCAACACCCUGUCAUACGAGGAGUUCAGCUAUCUCUUCAAGACACUCGCAUUCGGGAGCGCGAACCCGGCGCAGCACCCACGGUUAGCAUGGAUAGCAGAUGAGCUGGCCAGGGAAUUCCAAUCCGAAUGGUCAAUUGGCACUGCAAAUCUGUUUGCGGACAUCAUGAGGAGGAACCUCAGCGUCCAUUUCUGGCUCUGCAUCCUGAGCGGGCUGAGAAGGGUCGUCGAGAGGAACUUAUCCCUGUUUGGGGAGCACCCGAAGCUCCUCGCCCGGAGACGCCACCAGAUAGACGUUACUGACUUGGUCUUGCAUCCCAUGGAUUCUCCACUCCGUGUCGUGUAUUCCUGUACCAGUGGCAGCAGCCGCGCUGAAGUUACGGUGGAAAGGGAAUUGCUACCGAGGGUGAGGUUUGGGGAUCUGAUGAUGGAUCCUGGAGUUCGGCCACAAGGGGAUUUCAAUGUGGUUUCGUGGGAAUCAAGGUUGCCACCUUACACCUCUUUCGUUCAUUUCGUUCCAAAUGGAAAUGGUGCUCUAGGUGUGGCGAAACAGAGUACUCCCCUGUCUGGGAGUAAGCGUCCCGCGGUGCCUUGGUAAGGCCUUUCGAUUCGGACGGCUUCUGUUGGGAUUUCGUGGAGUUAGAAUCUCAAGUACUCACUCAGUUCAUGAAGGCAUAAUUUAAAUAUUGACAUGGUCUCCAAUGCAUACCUUUUAAUCAUCGAAUGUUAUAUUCUUUUGAAGUUGUAAUGACAUCAUUUUCACUCGAUCAAUCUAAAUAAUUUUAAAUAUAUCUGUAGUCAAAGUUAAUAUUGAAUGCAAGCCUUCGAGGAAGUCAUGUAUUUAUGAACUA